AUAAAUAGCGACGCAGCGUCAUGUGUCUGUCAGACAGCUGCAAUUUCCAGCCGCACUGUAAGCAGUUUCUGUGCUCUGACAGGACUGUUAGAGUAAAAGGUUUACGAUGGAGCUCAAGAUUUUGGUUGUCGCUGUUUCUGUGUGUUGUCUCGUCGGCGGUGCCCGUGCCCUGUCGUGUGACCCCUGCCAGAGGGAUGCGUCUCAGUGCCCGAGAGGGAACUUGACCCGGUCUGAGUGCCCUUACGGGGUCACCAAAGACAUUUGCAAUUGCUGUGAUGCAUGUGCCAAGGGUCCCGGAGAGACUUGUGGGGGUAUCUGGAACAUACACGGCAAAUGUGGCCUUGAAUAUACCUGCGUUCCCGCUGAGGAAGCCGACCCCCAGGAAUAUUUCUUCGACGGCAAAUGCGAGAAGAAGAUUUGAAAAUGAAUAAUGUACGUUGCACUGCCUCAUCAUCAAGAAAAUGAAAGGGUGAGGGUUGAAAAUAAAGACGAAAUUCAUUGACAAUAUCUGGUAAAGAAAUUAGUUGAGAAACAUUCUCGUACCGUUUGGAGGGUUCUUGUUGCAGAAAAUGGUAUUGUUAAAUAAAAUAAAGGUAAAGGCGUAUCAAAUUAUAUACAAAAACAAGGGAAUGUAGUGUCAGUUUAAAAAUGUAAUAACAGUAUGGAAGAGGAAGGUUAUAAAGUAAAAUUGUUUCAAAUUUAAACAAAAAUCUUCCCACACGGUUACCUGAUUGUGUAGUGUGCCCGCAACCGUGUUUGUGGAAUGAGCGCUUAGGAACCAGGACAGGAACCAGGAACCUGGGGCUAUAUAGGGCAUUACUAAGUCUAUAUAAGCUAUAAGCUACAUAGGUCAUUACUAAAUUUAUAUAAGUUUAUAAGUCUACGUAAAUAUAAAAUAAGUUUAGGUUCAGUUCUUACAAUGUAAGAACAUAAAGCUUCAUUUUAAGAUGAAUACAUGUUCCUGCAUGAUCUAAGCUUUUAUUUGAAGUAUAUUGAAGUAAAUAUAUUUGUUUAUAAUAAAAAUAUGAUAAAAACAUAAAGAAAAUUG